GAGGAGGUUGGCGUAGCUACGUAGCUUCCUUCAACGUACGGAUGCUCUUCCUAGUGACCCAGACACCAAGCAUCGCAACCGCCGCACAGCCUUUCUGACCAAAAAGUGGAUGGCAGGACCAAUUGCGCAUCCUCGUCGACGUCUCUUCUUCCCAAACUUGUCACUGCUCCUCUUCUCCAGUCUCCAGACCAUCCAUCCAUACAUCCAUCCAUCGACCUUUUUCUUCCCUCCCAGCCAUCUGAAUAUUUCAUUCUGCAGACGUACAAACCUCUCCCGCUCGCCCCGAACCUGCGGGCUUCCCGCUUUCAAUUCUGCUUCUGGAUCAUCAUCAGGCAGAGAGACAAAACUAAGUUCACCCUUCCAACCGUCCUUUUCUCCUCUCCCAGCCAUCCCAAUAUCCGCACCUGCAUCUGCAUCAAACCACUUCUCUUCCCACCCUUCGAAGACCCGACCCGCACUUUCACUUUGACACUUUCACACACUCUCUCACUUUUGCAUUCUACUCAAGCAUCAAAAGUGGAAGUCUGUUUUUGCGUCUGACAAUAAUCGGAAAGGCUUCACUCUAAUCGCAGGUUCCGACACCGUCCCGCAUUCCUCGCGGUGUUCUCCAGCAACCCACUACCCACGAUUCUUCGACCAUAACCAAGCAACCUUAUCGUCUACAUUCCAUCGACCCACGAGUUUCCCUCGCUCCGCAUUCCCUCCCCGCUCGCGCGAUCACCUCCCGCCGACGAUAGGGAAAGACACCGAGCGUGCCAGCGCUGAGGUGCCAGGACUAGAACCCCUCCGUCGCUCCGCUACAACGGAGGACGGCGUGGGUCACCAACAAGAGAGCCAUUCCUCUCGAGGACUGGAGUAAGAUUACACAAUCAAGAUGCCGAAAUUCCAAGUAGGCUGGUAUCGGUUUGUACCGUUCCUAGGAUACCACCAUGUCUUGAUGAUCUUGAUUGCAGUCGCCAUCAUCCUUCUAUCUCUACUUUUGGCAGGAUGCUCGUCAUCAUCACCUUUGAUCCCCGACAUCUUCCUCUUGUCGCUGUACUAUGACCAUUACACGGCAGUUCCUUCUACGGCCCAAGUUGAUUACAACGUCCAUACCGCCAUUGAGAACAUUGCUGGUGAUGCCCGCCUUGCCUGCCGUGUUGGAUACUUUGGUAUCUGCAUCAGCCCGGAUGGAGGCAGUUGGCUUUGCAGCAACAAUGCCACCGCUCUCGCCAAUGAGGUGUCGGUCGAUCAGGAUCCCCUGAACUUGAUUUGGCUCGCCGCUCAGUUCAAGGAUAUGAUUGUCUUCCCCUAUCUCAUCAUCAUUGCCAUCAUCUUCGCUUUCGUCUGCUUCCUUCUGCUCGCCACCUUCCCGGGUUGGCACGAGGAGGAGGACUCCGAGGGUUCCGACCGCGAAGUCAAGCCCUUCCCCUCGCGUCCCGUUUCCCAGAUUUCGCUGGCCAUCAUCUUCAUCGCCUCCAUCUUCGUGCUGGUCUCUGUACUAUGGCAGCACACCGCAUCCGUCGCUGCAUCGAUCAUCGCCCAAGACUUCGGUAACGGUGCUGUCCGCUCUGGUGUCGGUACUUCCGCCAUGGUCCUCGGUUGGUUCAGCUUCACUUUGCUCAUCAUCGUCACCAUCGGCUUGCUGGUCAUGAUUCUCAGCAUUCGUGUUCUGAGCCAGAUGGUUGAUUAAGGAGCCGACGACGGAGAAGAUUGAAUGAGACGAAAGAUUGGACGACGAUACACGUGUGAAGAAGAUGGACACAGAGUCCCAAGCAAGAGUCGAAGGGGAAAACUUGUACAUGGAGGGCUUCUCGAGGAGGGGACAUCAUUUGAACCCCUGCCGCCAUCAGCACAUUCAUCGUCCAGCACAAAAAAGCCAUCAGCAUCAGGGACAUCGGCGUUGUAUAUCGAAUUUUGCGUUUUUGAUUUUCCUCUCUUUCUGGCUUUCAUUCCGGGCCGGCAUGGGGCGGCAAGACAUUUCGAAGUCUUGCCAAAAAGAACCCCUCGUCAUUUUUAAUGUUGGUUUGCUCACGCGAGCAAAGACGAAUAUAGAUGAGCUCCUCCUCUUUCUUAAGAACAGUGGAUGAUGCAGCAUGCUCGCAACGGAGACGAAACGACACCGAGCAAUACGAAAGGAGGGAAAUGGGGGAAACGAAGUCGGACGCAUGGGAAAUGGGAAAUGUGUAGGAGUAUGUCAUCCGCUGUAGAUGACGAUGAGCAAUGGCGUCCUCUCCGAGACGACACAGAUAAGAUGAGAUGAGUGAAGGAAAUGAAAUUGAACAUGA